AUGUUUGAGAAUAGCAAUUGUACUAUCACAUCAUUAAAUACAGGUGCAUUUAAACGUACCAAACAGAAUGAUAAUACAACAAUAAAUCAUUCAUUUAUAUCACCGUUACCAGAACCACAACAGCAACAACAACAACGUAAUCAUUCAUCAGCCCGUCGUCGGCAUCGAACAACAUUUACCCAAGAACAACUUAAUGAACUUGAAAUAUCAUUUGCUAAAGGUCAUUAUCCUGAUAUAUAUUUACGUGAAGAAUUAGCACGAACAACAAAAUUGAAUGAAGCACGUAUACAGGUAUGGUUUCAAAAUCGACGUGCAAAAGCUCGUAAACAAUCACAUAAUUCUUCAUCAUCGGGCAGUACAUCAACAUCAUCAUUAUCAUCUGUUCGUUUAUCAUCAAAAACAUUUUCAACAAAUCCAACAUCAUCAUCAUCAUUUCAUCAAAUGUUUAAUGGACGUGCAAAUGCAUCAACAUCAUCUCCAACAAGUAUUAUGAUGACAACAGAUCCGACAAUGUUUUAUCCAUCAUUUCCACCAUCAUCAUGUGAUUUUAAUGUUCGUUCAACUAUUGAAAAUUCAAUGCCAUUUCAUUCUCCAUAUCAACAACAACAUCAAAAUACUGAAGAUGAAUAUACAAGAAAUAUGCGUAUGCAAAAUUUAAUUAAUCAUCAUCCUAAUCUAUAUCAUCAUGGUUAA